AAAAGCUACGAACAUAACCUGUAAAUAAUUGUGAAAGUGAAAAGCUAUAAAAUCGCAUCUAUACGUAAAUAGUAAAUCUUUUGCAAUCAAUUCUCUGAAGAUCGAAGCUGUGAAUUAAAAUUUCAGAACAUUCCCAUGUGAAAAAGUAAAUGCAUGUCGAGAAUUGAGAAGUUUCGUGUGUUAAUUAGUCAUCAUUAUUGGGCAUGAAUCCUGAUAGAGUUGUGCACCCAUCAAGUGGUGAAGCUGUCCCUGGGGCUAAUGAUACACUUGAAGGGAAUCUGAAGCGAUUGACUAGGUACCUCCAGUCUUUGGGUGGGCAUAUUGAUGACGAGCUGAACGUGGUCCUCACAGAUCACUGUUAUGCUCGAGCAUGGAACUGGAAGCCAGAGAGCAUUUAUGUCAAGCCUAUGAAGAAGAUUUUUUUCUCGAAGGGAUGGGAUUCUGUGGGCGAAAAAAAGCUAAAGCCCACCGACAAAAUCGAUGUCCAGACGUCGCCACCCCCUAUCUCUCCACCUCCACCCUACGAUCUCAUAAAGCCCCUCCAUCAAAUGGAGGAAUGUCACCGACUGGCAACAUUCGCACGUCCGGAUUACCUCGAAGAUUGGGAGGAAAAAAUCGACAAGACCUUUUGGUCAGGUCUUCAAACACGCCUUUGGAGUCGUGUUCUUCGCAUCCUCACUGAAGAGCACCUCUCACGCCUUGUGAAAACCACCUCAAGCAACGAAUCCAUCUCCCGACGAAUGUCCAUAGAUUCUUCCGCCAAGCGAUUCCGUCACGUUUUCGCGUCAACCGGUUACGAUCCUCGGCUAAUCCACUGGCUCCACGCUCUCCUCUUUGACCAUCUCCCACGGGACUUCCUGACCAUUUAUCUGGACAUCCUACAGACCCUGCGCACUAAAAUCCCCCAGCUCGUGGACAAAAUAAUUUCGACGCAAUCGACAAUCCCAACGCGAUCGGGAGGCGCAAUCAAUUGGGAAACCCUUACAUCAGUCCUGAAGCGCCCGUGGGACCCAGUUUCCACAACCCUCAAUACCUGUCGUCCCAAAAAGCUUCCGGGAAAUCCUAUUCUCAUAAUUCCACCGUCUGGCAUCACCAAUCAACUCUCCCCGCGUCAGCUCAAGUGGAUCUCCCAACUGAACGCCCUCAGCACAGUCGUCACUAUAAAUCCUCACUUCGGUCUAACCUCGAGUAAGAUGACGAUGAUUUCCUGCAUGGAUCAGCUGGUCCAAGCAACACGCGCCAAGAUCCAGGAGAUCAGGGCUGACUGUCCCGGGAGGCCACUCAUCUUCGUCGGGUUUAAUACAGGUGCAGCAUUCGCCUGCCAAAUUUCACAGAUCGAGCAUGUCACAGCGAUUGUCUGUCUAGGAUUUCCCUUCAGCACAGCUGAGGGUAAACGCUCGACCCCCGACGACAUUCUCAUGGACGUGAGGUCCCCCGUUAUGUUCGUCAUCGGGCAGAAUGCGGCGUCAGUCAGGGCUGAUGACGUUGAGGAAGUCCGAGAGAGGAUGCUGGUGCAGACCAGUCUCAUCGUCGUGGGAACGGCUGACGAUCACCUGAGGAUAUCCUCGAGAAAGAAGAAUGUGGAGGGCAUCACGCAGGGAAUGGUUGACAGGUGCAUUCUGGAUGAGAUGGCCAAUUUCAUCGGGGGAAUUCUUCUUCAGCCACAUCCGCUGCCCCUGAGACAUGUUCACAUCAACUACGACAGCAAACCGAUCAAAAAGGAACCGAGGAAGAGGAAGAAUUCUACCAGCAGUUCCGUUGAUAGCUGUGAAAUCGUAGGAAAAAAAUCGAGACCUGUGACACCGACUAGCGCGGGGAAUUCAUCGGGUAUGCAAGUUAUGAUGCCGGUACCAAGGGCGGCGAAGUCGUCGCGCAAUGGGCAUAAUGGGAAGAGAAAUGCCAAGCCAAGGGGAUCGAUCAAUUCGAAACUAUUGACGAUCGCGGGACAGGGGCAGGGGGGGAAUGGAAACGGAGGGAUUACUCUCAAUAUCGGUGGUAUGGCUAGUCUGGCACCAGUGGGACCGAUUAAAUUUGGGCAUGGACCUGGGGAGGGGAUUGUUAACAAGGUACCCGUGGACGUCGGUCUGACGAAGGUCAGAAAAUCCUUGGAGGGAGGCAGGAGUGUCCUCAUGGCGGAGGAGGGGGCGAUUAUCGGGCAGCGGGGGCCUGGAGUUCAAGGAUUCUAUGAGGAGGACCUUAGAAAACCUGUGGCCAGGGCUCCCGUAAAGAAGGAUCUCCACGGGAGGAAUGAACCUCUCAGGAAGCCCUCCACUGCUGAGACCAAUCCUGCGGAGAGGGCAUCCACUUCUGCCAUGAGUACAGCGCUGGAGAAUAUGGCCCACGAAUCCAGCGACUACCCCGAGGUCAGCAAUAGUACUAAUCAAACUGGAGCCAGGAUGAACGGCAAUUCCAUGACAAUAAUUCCAAUGUCGAAUAAACUAACAGUUGGUUGUGCUAAUGUUAAAAAACUACCACUAACAGCAUCGAAUAAUUCCUGGAAAAAGACUGAACCUAAAGAUCUCGGUGAGGAUUUCGGAAGUAUUCUCGAUAUUCCCAUAAUAUUUGCCAAAGACGAUGAUAAUCUGUCAGCACUGGAGAAAACCCCCCCUCCAGUGAGUCUAAAAGACACCGCAAGACUCCAGGAUGCCAAGCAUGAGCUAACUACGCCCACCAAAGUUGUAUUACUGAGCAAUAAAACCGUGGGACAUUCAUCGUCGAAAGUGGAUGGAUCUAAAUCCCAGAAUUUCAAUCGUCCCAUUGUCCUCAGAGCUCCAAUGCAGAAUCCACCCAAUCAGGGUCCAAUCAUCACGUCAAACGAGCCUGUCAAGUACACGAAGAUCAUAUUGGCCAAGAGAAAUACGAUUAUCAAGUCCAAUAAUUCAGACAAAAUAGUUCUAACAAGGAAUAAACGAAACUGAAGACAAACUAUUUAUCACUGUAGAAAAUUGUGGGAAAUGAAGAGUUGGUUAAUGUAAUUUUUAAUAAACGAUUGAUUUCUCAUAAAUGGUACCGCAAAUCAUCUUAGAUCUAUUCAUCAUAUGAAUAGGAAUCCCCUCUUCCUUUUCAUCUCGCCCAUAUCACCGUAAGCAUUGAAAACGGGUGGCUAAAAUAAAAUACCUAAUUUACUCCUUCAAAUUUUAUUAGGUUCAAUCAUUCAUGUUCAUUUGUUCUAUCAACAUAAUUUUCGAAAAAGUGAGAUUGCUCAUUCCACCGGAAUGCCUAAAAAUUAAUGAAAAAAAAAAGAAAAAAAUAUUCGACCUCGUAAAGAAGAGUCUUAUUAAAACCUUCAGAGAACGGUUCACCAUUUGACUAACAGUAAUAAAAAUCAUGUAUAUUAGCUAGAUAAACAAUGAAAAUAAACAACUAUUUCACUCAUUUACCUCGUUCUAUUGAAUUUAGACGCAACCCUUAAAUUAUAAUACAAAUGCACAUAAUUUUACCUCAUAACCUCCCCGUUUAUCUCUACGUUUUUAAGAAAUUUCAAUUGUGCAAUUUCAUUUCUCAUUACUUUCUAUUUACUUUGAAAAAUAAUUUUUUCAGUACUUUUUCUAAAUUUUUUUGCAUGAAACUUUGUGCUGCAAUCGUUGAUCUGGUUAUCCUCUAAUUUAUCGUACAAACUAGGGAAUGUGAUACCUCCAAAAAUUUGUCUGAAUCGUUAUCUGUCCAAUGAGACCCUCAUAAUUUCCGUAAUCACCCGCAAAAUCAAUUGACCGGUGAAUUAAUUAACUUUCAAAAAUUUCUGGAGGGUUUCUUCGACAAAAACAUUGAUUCACUAUUUCUCUGGAACUGCAGGGGGACCGCAUUGCCGGUAUUAACAUCAUCUGGGUUAGUUAUUGCAAUGGACGUGUUAUGCAUUCAAUGGAACAUGAUUCUCAACAUUUCGUAGCACUGAUUUUUUUUCCUGCAAUUUUUUUUUCGUUCAAUUGUACUGCUCGGGAAGGACGUACGAGAUGUCGUCCCAUGGGUGUCGAUAGAGGCCUUGUUUCAAUCGUUUCUGAUCCAUAUAAUGUCC